UUAGAUAAUAAUUAAAAUAGUCGUUCAUGUGCAUAGUGUGUGUGUAUUGUGUGUAAAAAGGGUUCUCCGGAACCUAGUUUGAAAUUGAUACAUAAAUUCUAACAACGCGACAUUGUGUUUAUGUGAAGUGCGCCCAAAAAAUUGUGUACCAAGAUGAAUAAUUUUACGAAAACACCGAAAACUACACCGAUAACAGAUGAUUAUGAUAUUUCCAACACAGUCCUUGGCCUUGGAAUCAAUGGAAAGGUGGUGGAAUGCAAAGAGAAGAGAACAGGCAUGCGGCGUGCAUUGAAGGUUCUGCACGACAGUCCGAAGGCGAGGCGCGAAGUCGAGCUGCAUUGGAGAGCGAGCGGAUGUAUGCAUAUCGUUGAGAUCACAGACGUGUAUGACAACACAUAUGGCGGCAAGCGGUGCCUCCUCGUGGUGAUGGAGUGCAUGGACGGUGGUGAACUGUUCCAGAGGAUACAGGACAAUAGGGAAGGCGCGUUCACCGAGCGGCAGGCGGCUGAGAUAAUGCACUCAAUAUGCGUCGCCGUGCGUCACCUGCACGACUCAAACAUCGCCCACCGCGACAUAAAGCCCGAGAACUUGCUCUACACGAGUGCGGCGCCGAACGGUAUACUGAAACUGACCGACUUCGGCUUCGCGAAGGAGACGCUGAGUCACGCGGACACGCUGCAGACGCCCUGCUACACGCCCUACUAUGUGGCGCCCGAGGUGCUAGGGCCGGAGAAGUACGACAAGUCCUGCGACAUAUGGUCCCUGGGCGUCGUUAUGUACAUACUGCUGUGCGGUUUCCCGCCCUUUUAUUCGAACCACGGGCUGGCCAUAUCGCCGGGGAUGAAAAAGCGCAUAAGACUCGGCCAGUACGACUUCCCCGAGCCGGAGUGGUCGAACGUGUCGGCCGACGCCAAGAACCUGAUACGCGGCAUGCUGUCCGUCGAUCCGGCGAAGCGGCUCACCAUACACCAGGUGAUGUCCAGCCCGUGGGUGCGGCAGCACGCGCGCGUGCCGCAGACGCCGCUGUACACGCACGCGGUGCUGCGCGACGCGGGCGACGCGUGGGCGGACGUGCAGGACGAGAUGACGCGCUCGCUCGCCACCAUGCGCGUCGACUACGACCAGGUCCAAAUCAAAGCGUUGGAGCAGAGUAACAAUUCACUUUUGAACAAGAGAAGGAAUAAAAAUUCGCAAGUAGAAACAAUGACUAAAAUAAUAUAUUUCCUAUAACUAAUGAGCGCCAACUGGCGGUCGAAUUCGCAACUAGGGAGAAACUAAUGAUAUAUAUAAGACCUUAUUUUAGUUUUAAGCCCAGCGCGCGAAAGGGAUAGCAUCACACAAACGUCACACGGUUAGGUUAGAGUGAAAGAGACGGUAUGAUGUACGCUCGUGUAUUGCGUACAGAUUUUUACAGUACGUAGAUGUGUAGUUUUUUGUGAUUUUUUUUUGUUCACACAGAUUAUAUAAUAUUAUUGUCGUAUGCUUUGUUAUUUAGUAUGACUUAUCUUUAUUAUAUAAUAUAAUUUAUUUUUUUGUUUGCAAUAUCAGUGUUGGUUAUAAUGAAUAUAUAAGAUUAUAAAUCAAAAGAAAAUAUUUUCAUAUUGCAAUGGGUGAUUCGAACUUGUGAUCUUUUUUUUCGGAUUUUUUUAAAGAAUUUUCUUUCAUAAAGAUUUUCUAUUUUUUUUUUUAAACAGAGAUGUAUGUGUUCGAUUUAAAUAUAUGGAUAACCUCAUUCGAUGGUAAUCCUCAUUGUAUGCUGCUACUGAAAAAUAAAUCUUUCAAUGUCUGAAUGUUUACAUUAUGUAUGUAAUAUACAAAAAAUACUUGUAAAAUUUUUAUCACUGGCAUUUUUCAUAAAAGAACUUUAAUUUAUACGUCAAUAUAUAUUAUGCAUUAAUUAUAUUUAUAUAAUCGAGGUUGUGAUGACAACGCCUUACGCUCAAAAAAAAAUCAUAAAUAUUUGA